AUGUUGGACUACUCCAAUGUUGAUGAUUUAGUAUUCACGAUAAACUCAACUCGGAUCGUUUCUUACAUUAAUGCGGGAUGCAUAGCAAUUUUGUUCUACGAUUGCUUCGAUUGCUUUGAAAAGGAGGUAAACACAAUCUGGAAGAAGAAAUGGACCAUGACGAAGUUCAUGUAUAUUUUAACGAGGUAUUCCGCAGUCCUUGAAGGAGGUAUUGUUAUGUACCAGUUAUCAAUCCCGGGGGAUUGGUACGACGAUUGCUCAUUCGCCUUCAAGCUCAACGCUUGGAUGUUCGUUUUCGGCCUAGGCGUUGGAGAAGUUAUCAUGACCAUCAGGACUUGGGCAGUCUGGCAGAAAAACCGUUUUCUGAUGUUUGCACUUCCAAUAUUUUAUGUCGUUGUUUGGGCAGCUGGGUUUGCCACAACGGCUUUGUUCUUGCAAAGCUUAGAAUUCAAACCUAACCCUCUGACGCCAUAUGUUGGCUGCUACGCAACAUAUACAGACCCGAUUAUAUUUAUAUCCUGGGUACUUCUUCUCUUCUACGACGCAGGUGCGCAGCUCGUCAUCAUGUUACAACUCCCAAGUUACCGCAAAAUAUUUUAA